AUGGAAUUCCAAGAUACCCAACCCGGCGAAAUUAACAUUAUAGAUAAUAACGGAAUGGAAGAUCGCAAGGAAAUUGCAGUUUCGACAGAUUUAACUGCAGUGGAUUUGGAUUCAAAUGGAAGCAAGAGCAUCAGCAAUCGUGAAGGAACGCCGGACCACCAUCGGAACGGAUACGGUGCAAUUGAAGGGAGAGCAGCCGUCGCUGCAACCGGCAGCCCGCCCGACGAUUGUGAACGCCAAAAGUGGAGCACCAGCAUAGAGUUUCUCCUAUCCUGUGUUGCACUUUCGGUUGGAUUUGGCAAUGUUUGGAGAUUUCCUUACACGGCCCUCCAGAACGGUGGUGGAGCAUUUUUGAUUCCCUACCUGAUUGUACUGUUCGUGGUCGGCAGGCCGAUCUACUAUUUGGAGAUGGUGGUUGGUCAGUUUUCCAGCCGAGGAUGUGUGAAAGUGUUCGACGUAUGUCCGCUGAUGCGCGGUGUAGGUGUCGGGCAGACCAUCACGAUGUUCACUAUAGUGGGUUACUAUGCUGCGGUGUUGGCCUUGGCGGUUCGAUAUUUUGUGGACUCGUUUCGAAGUCCGCUUCCUUGGAGCGAAUGCCAACCGGAUUGGGUGGGUUGCGUUAAUUCUAACUUUCUCGGACGAGGCUAUGCUGCAAAUGAAACGGUUACUCCGUCGGCGGAGUUCUACUUUACAAAGACAGUGAUGAAUCUGUUGACCAACGUCGAUGAUGGAAUUGGCGUUCCGGAUUGGAAGCUGGUGUUAUGUUUACUUGCCUGCUGGAUUUGUAUCACUGCGCUUUUAAUCAAGGGUAUUAAGAGCUCUGGAAAAGCUUCAUAUGUGUUGGCAAUAUUUCCGUACAUAAUUUUAUUUGUCUUGUUGAUUCGAUCCUGCACCCUGGAAGGAGCAAUCGACGGUAUUAAAUACUUCGUGCAACCUCAAUGGGAGAAACUGUUAGAACCGAAUGUCUGGUACGCUGCAGUUGGCCAAUGCUUUUUCUCGUUAACGAUUGGUCUUGGAGCGGUCAUUGUGUUUUCUUCGUUUAACAACUUCUCUAGCAAUAUUUAUCGCGACGCCACCAUUAUCUCGAUUCUGGACACACUAACCUCCAUCAUAUCGGGCGUGAUUGUGUUUGGCGUGGUCGGCAAUCUGGCACACGUAACGCAGCGAGACGUACCGCAGGUGAUGAAAUCGGGACCGCAGCUGACCUUCAUUACCUAUCCGGAUGCUAUCGCCAAGAUGCAGUUUGCGCCGAACUUUUUUGCGGUCAUGUUUUUCCUGAUGUUCAUCCUGCUGGGCUUGGGUAGUAACACGGGUAUUGUGACCACCAUUCUUACAUCGGUACGCGACCGGUACCCACAGGUAACGACCUGGAAGGCUGUUUCGAUUAUUUCGGUUGGCGGGUUCUGCUGUGGUUUGGUUUAUAUCACGCCGGGUGGAUUGAUAAUGCUUGAUUUGGUCGAUUAUUACGGAGUUACCUUUGCUACGCUCACGCUGGUAAUCCUGGAGGUAGUCACAUUCUGUUGGAUUUACGGUGUUAAUCGAAUUUGUUUGGACAUUCAGUUUAUGUUGGGAAUUAAAACGGGCAUCUUUUGGAGAGUUUGUUGGGGCCUGCUUACCUUGGUUACAGUUGGAGCUAUUUUCAUUUUGGAAGUCAGUAGGUACCAACUGAUGGAUGUUCCUCUGGGAUUGAACGUGUUUGGUUGGUGUCUCUAUUUAUUCACAGUCCUGCAAGCCUUCGUAUGGGGUAUUUAUGCGGUAUGGAAACGGCCAGAAAAACGUAUUCUCCGUAAACUAGUCCACGCUGCCAAACCAACCGACGAUUGGGGUCCGGAAAAUUCGAAUCUAAAAAGCGAUUAUGAGGUCGCUCUUCGUCAAUACAAAGAUUCCAUUAGCCUAGAUACUAAAACCAUAGUUGAAAGAAUUUUCAAGAAGUUUUGCAAUUAG